AAUCGCAUCGAUGUCUUCCAACAUGAGGCCUCGAGGAUCCACUAUGGGUCAAAUAAUUAUAUUGUGCGUUGUUUCUUUAUAGCCCACGCCACAAUCUUCACUAUCAACUUGUGUGUUGUAUAAAAAGGCAUGAACAUCGGCUCCAACUCCAACAUACAUCCUCGAAACUAGUACAGCCAUGUCGACAACCAACACUAACACCCCGCGCACUUUGACUCUUAAACCCAUUGUCAUGUUCCCCCAGAUUGUUCUAGGUCUCAACAUUGUACGCCCCUUCCCGGACCCUGCCUUCCACUGGUUCCUCUUCGUUGCUAAUCCUAGGAGCAUCCAAGGCGAGGGAACCAAAUUACACGUUACCGACAGCAAAAACGGCGUAUGGGAGUUCGAAGUAGUGACAAACUUCACAAUCAAUAGCAGCUCGGAAGCGAUUACCACAGCGUUGAUUAUUGGAGAAAUUCCGGAAGGAAAGCUUAAGGACGUCACUGGUCUCAUCGAUAUCUGCGAGCAUCAAAUCAAGCUGAACGAGGUUCCUGCAGCUGAUAAAGGCAAGGAACCGAAGUUCACUUGCAGGGUGUGGAUGAAAGAGGCAGUUAGAUGUUUAAAUGCUGCUGGGUAUCUGAGGUGUACUGAUGUAGAUGAGCUGGAAAAAGAGGCUAUUGCGAGGGGAUGCGCUGCGCUCGAAGAAAUUGAUGGCAUCGAUGCACUCGAUAUACCUCAAUCCCAGAAACGUUUCGUAGCCAAACUUCAUAAAUCGAAAGUCUCACAUACUGUGUUAUAAACCUUCGACGUGCAUAAGUAGUAUCUUGUUAACAACCUCGUACACUGUCGUAAUGUAAAGGAUGACUUAUAUCAC